CGAUAUAGGAAGAUGACCCGGAAAUAAACUCAAAACCACUUCCUGAUUCAGCAACACGCACAUGAUGAAAAUGGGAGAUCACGUGGAACUGGUUGUUGGAAGUUAUGAGCAGAUAGUGUUUGGAUACCGAGUGUGUCCUGGCGAAGAGGAAUGGGGAUUAGAGCCUGUGUUCACACACCAUGCUCAUACAGCCAGCCUCUCCACAGUGACGGCCAAUGAGCAGUUUGUCGCUACGGGAAGCAAAGAUGAAACCAUACAACUGUACAACAUGAAGACAAGGACAGAACAUGGAGCAUUAUUACACCAUGAUGGUACCAUCUCAUGUCUGGAGUUUGGUUCUACAUCUCACUUACUGAGCGGUGGAGAAGACGGCCUUUUGUGCGUGUGGAGCACAAAGACAUGGGAAUGUUUGAAAUCGAUCAAAGCGCACAUGGGUCAUGUGACUUCACUUUCAUUGCAUCCAUCUGGUAAACUUGCACUCUCUGUUGGAACGGACAAGAAGUUAAGAACGUGGAAUCUUAUCGAAGGAAGGCCAGCGUUCACCAAGAAUAUUAGGCAAAAUGCACAGAUAGUAAAGUGGUCACCAGCAGGAGAUAAAUACAUUGUAGUGGUUAAUGAUAAAAUAGACAUCUAUGAACUGGAGUCUGCCAACAUCAUUGGCUCCUUCAGCUUCAGGAAGAGGAUUUCAUCUGUUAGAUUUCUGAAGAACAAUCUACUGGCCAUGGCAGGAGAUGAUGAACAUGUACAGGUGUAUGAUCUCACUUCUGAAAAGUGUAUCUUUGAGUUCAAAGCUCAUGAAAACAGAGUAAAAGCACUGGACAGCUUUGAGUUGAACGACUUGUGUGUGUUGGUAACUGCAUCUAACGAUGGAUUUAUCAAACUGUGGGACUGCAGUACAGAGAGGCAGGAAGGAGUGCGCCUGCUAGGAGAGGUGAACACCACCGCUCGAAUCACCUGUCUGUCUGUGUGGAAAAGCAGUGCAAAGGAAGAGAAGUCAGACAUGCAACCUGCAACUUCUCAAUUUGAAAAGCAAGCUCUGUUACCACCCAGAAACAAAAGAGUGAGGAUUUAUACGGAGGAGGUGGUUGUGGAAGAAGACACUUCGUCAAAAAAACAAGGGAAAAAAAAGAAAAACCAAAAAGUACAAUGAGCAGUGUCCUUGCGCAUGUCCUGUUUGUUGUAAUGAACAGAAGUAACAUGUACAUUUAUGAAUGUGUAUGUGAAUGCAGAAGGACUCAUGUUGUCAUGCCUUUUCGUUUUUUAGUAAUGAAUUGCAAUGCUUAUGAGGGAAAAGUGUAAUUUUGAAGAUUUUUUUGGCAGAUCUGAGAUCUAUCUCUUUUUUUUUUUGUCUGUAAAAAAAUCUUCUUUUUCAAUGUAUACCUUUCUUCAUGUUGGGCCCGAUCUCAUUCUUUAUAUUACUAGUUACAACAAACAAGAAUCAACUUCAUAACAUGACAUAUAUUGUUUAUAAUCUGUUGUAAUUGUCAUUAUUUUAUAAAAUUAUAUUUACACAAACUGGAAGAGAUACAAAAAUAGGACUUUGCAAGUUACACUUUUACUUUUGGGAAAAUAUAUAUUCAUUUAUGCAUAAUUAUAUAUUGAGGGUAUUUUGCUGACACUAGGUCUCAUGAGUGUCACAGAUUCCUUUAACUUUCAACUUGACAAAAAGAUGUUAAACAGACGUAGAGACUUGUCUUAGAGAAAACUUCCCCAUGUGGAGUCCAUGUGAACACGUUACUAUACAAUGAGUGCAUUAAAGGUGCGUCAAGUAAGA